CUGGUCCGGCUUCGGCUCGCUAUUGGCAGAUGGCUUGCCUGGUAACCAACCAACGCUAACAACAACACGGUGCAAAUUAAAUUACAUUCUCCAGAACGACACGAAAAUAACGAAUAAUAAUUAAAAAAAAUACUUCGCAUAAUGGGGAAAUGGUCAGGAAUAAUGACCGAAACUGAAGAACGGUAAGCAUCAUCCAUCCAUAACACAACCCUGAAGAACGGUGGCUCACUCUGGAUGAUGGGUCCCUGAACAUCAUCUAACCCCAACCCUACUAUGGAUAGCGAGGAACACCAGAGGUGUCCGGGAGUGAAGCUCGGCUUUGCUGUGGAAGAGACUCUGGAUGAAUAUUUAAUUGGCCUUCAGCACAAAAACAGAGUGCUCAAGCGGCUCCGGACCAAAGGCCGUGGGCAAAUAGAGCUGGAGCGGCUGGAGCAGGGCUUCUCCCUCUACCUCAAUGGGGCCAACGCCGGGGCCGGGGGCCACACGCCCAGGAAGCCCCCCAACCUGCCUCCGUCCGCCCCCCCCACCGCCAGGAGGGCCACUCACACUGCCGAUGGUCUGAGAGGCAGUCAGGACAGCCUGGUUCUUAGCGGGCCCACGGGCCCCCAACGGAGCCAGACGGGCCCCCAACGGAGCCAGACGGGCCCCCAACGGAGCCAGACGGCCCCUGGGAAGGUCCAGAGAAGGGAAUGGGUGCAGGCCCCAGUCAGGAUCCGCACCGAGGACGGAGCCUGUGUGAGAGCCACCCCGGAGAAGCGCUACUCGGACGACUUUGAGCCUUACGGCAGCAAAGACAUGGAGAGGUCCGGUCCGCGGUCCCCCAUCGCGCCCCGCGGGCCCCUGGAGGUGGACAGCGAGAAGGUGCUCCUCAGCAUGGAGGAGAUGAAGGUACUGAGGCGGAGCCUGGAGGCCAGCGUCCGCGGCGGCAGCCGGGGCUCCGCGGGGGAGGAGUCGGAGGAGGAGUGGGUGGAGGAGCAGAUGGAGAGGGAGGAGAGCACAGAGAGCCUGGAGGAGCUGGGGAUGGCCUCCUCCACCUCCUCCUCCGCCCACCGGCAGCCCCAGCCCCGCCUCCCCAGAGACAGGCGCUGCGCCCCGGCCGAGCUCAUAGUGCUGGACUUUGGCCCGCCGCUCAAAGGGCGUACGGUUGACUGCUCUCUUUCCGCCAAGAGGAGAGACAGCGUUGAGACUUCCCUCUCCACCAAGCAAAGGAACGCUCAAAGGCCUGCGUCCCCCCGCGGCGCCCCCUCCUACGUGGGCAGGAAGUCGUGCAGCGAGGGCCGCGACCCGGAGGACGCCGCCUGCCGCGUCUUCCAGGCCAUUCAGCAGGAGAACAGCAACACGGGAUCGCUGGGCGCUCACACGCAGGACCGGGACCACAGCGGCGUUACCAAGGCGAUGCAGAGGAUAACGCUCAUGGGCCCCAGGCAUCAGCAGCAGCUCCUGGAAGCUCUGGAGAACCUGGAGAAGAAGCCCUGCUUCAGCCCCGCCCCCCAGGCCGGCCUGGAGCUCAGGAGGCCAGCGCCGAGGAGGCCCGCCUCUGCCGAGCCCCCCCCUGCUAUCUACGUCACCAUGGAGAUCCUGUCUAACUGGGGCAACGCCCUACAGGUGGGGCUGACGGAGGUGGAGUUCUUCUGCCCCAGGAACAAGAAGCUGUACGUGUCCCCGCACGACCUCGACAUCAGGAACGCCCACUCCCCCGGGAACCUGGCGGCGCUGGUCAACGGCAAGGCCAAGACCACCAGGGAGCGCCACAUGUGGGCGUGUCCCUUCCACCCGCCCGUCCAACUCUACUUCAUCGUCAGGAAUGCCGAGCGAGCCCCGGACUUCGGGAUCUCCCGCAUCAAGAUCUGGAACUACAACCUCAGCCUCAGCAACCUGGAUGUGGGCGCCAGGCACGUGAAGCUCUACCUCAACAGCAUGCUGGCGUACGACGGCGAGCUGGCCAAGGGCUGCGGCGACCAGGUGUUGGACUACAGCACCGCGGUGGACCUGAUGCCCCCCCCGGCCCCCGCCACCAGCCCGGCGCCAGGGGGCAGCCCCCUGGGAAGGGGCAGCCCCCGGCGCCACGACGACCAGCGGGGCCCUGAGGGAGGGGGGGACGCGCAGGACGGAACGCAGAUCGCCCCUCUCCCGCCCAUCGUACCCUCCCCUCCACGCCACUCCCCCGCAGAGAAGGACCCCCGGGACCCCCUGGACCUCUCGGGGUCCGAGGGGCCUCUCUCACUCACUGUAGCCAUGGCGACAGUCACCACCCAGCCCCCCCCCCUGCAGGCGGGCCCCCAGUGGCUGCAGCCCCCCAGCAGGGCGGCGCCGGAGAGGGAGCGGCCUCUCUGGCUGCCCGGGCCGGGCGUGCCGGGCGGGGGACCGGGGGGGCGGCGCUCCGAGAACGGGUCUGGACCCCCCCGGGUGGGGACCUGUUGGGGGAGGGGGGGCGCAGGGCCGACCGGCCCCGUCAGCGGGAGGCGGAGCUCGGCCCGUGGCGCUAGCCCCGCCCCCACCCGGCAGACGGAGGAGCAACAGGGAGGCGAUGCAGACGAGCCCCUCUCCCUGGUGGCCCCCCGGAGGCAGCGGGCCCCCCAGGCGGGCCGCCAGCAGGACCACACCCUGCGGGAGUCCUGGGAUUCCCUUCUGCGCUUCAACCAGUGCCAGCGCGGGCGCAUCUCCAACAUGGGCCUGGAGGGGGACAUCUUCGACGAGUUCCUUCGGCGGCAGGGCCGGGCCCCGCUCCGGACCCCCGUCCCCGGGGACCCCCUCGCCCCCCCGGCCACCGCCGGCCCCUCCCCGGGGGGCGCCCCCCCCCCGCCGUGUGAGGACGGCGAGGACGAAGCUCUGGCGGAGCGGGAGGAGGACUUCGAGAUCCCGGUGCUGCCGCGGGGCCGCUGGCUGGUGGUCCACAUCCUGUCCACCUGGGGGGACCGCCACUACGUGGGCCUCAACGGCCUGGAGGUGUUCAGCUCCAGCGGCGAGCCCCUGAAGCCCGCCCUCAUCAGGGCCGACCCGCCGGACAUCAACGUCCUGCCGGCCUACGGCAGGGACCCCCGCGUGGUGAGCAACCUGCUGGACGGGGUGAACCGCACCCAGGACGACAUGCACCUGUGGCUGGCCCCCUACACCCCCGGCCGCAGCCACGUCCUCUACCUGGACCUGGGGGCGGCCUGCCGCCUGGCCAUGGUCCGCGUGUGGAACUACAACAAGUCCCGCAUCCACUCGUUCCGCGGGGUGAAGGAGGUGGAGAUGGUGCUGGACGGUAGCUGCAUCUUCCGGGGGGAGAUCGCUAAGGCGUCGGGGACGCUGUCUGGAGGUCUGGACCAGUUUGGGGACACCAUCCUGUUCACCACGGACGAUGACAUCUUGGAGGCCAUGUCGCGCUUCGACGAGACCUUCCCCAGCGAGGGGGGGGGUCCGGACGGCCUGGCCCCCGAGGAGGAGCUGCAGCGCCCCCGCACGGCGGACGGCGAGGGGGAGGAGAGACCCUUCACCCAGGCCGGCUUCAGGGAGGAGGACCUGGAGCUGGAGCCGACUCUGGGCCCUGGCACGGCCUGGCACCAGCAGCCCGCCCAGAGCAUGGAGCUCAAUCCUGGGGUGUAUACCGGCAAGAGCCUCAGGCUGGAGCUGGUGCAGACCUGGGGGGACCCCCACUACCUGGGCCUGACCGGGCUGGAGGUGGUGGGCCGGGACGGGGGCAGUCUGCCGCUGGACCUCAGCAUGGUGACCGCCUCGCCCUCCGACCUCAACCAGCUGCCCGGGUACGGCCUGGACGCCCGCACGCUGGACAAGCUUGUGGAUGGUCAUAACCUCACCACGGAGGACCACCACAUGUGGCUGGUCCCCUUCUCCAGCGGGGCGCCCCCCCCCACGCUCACUGUCUCCUUCCCGCGGCCGCAGCCCAUCGCCGGACUGCGGGUCUGGAACUACAACAAGUCCCCAGAGGACUCGUACCGCGGGGUGAAGGUGAUCCGCAUGUUUCUGGACGACGUGGCCAUCUCCCCCGCCGACGGCUUCCUGAUCCGUAAGGGCCUGGGCCACUGCCACUUCGACUUCGCCCAGGAGAUGCUCUUCAUCGACGUGCUGCAGAACCCCAGGGAGCCUCACUACCAAAGAGGCGGGCCCACACCGGAGCUGGCCAGCAGGGACUACGAGGCUCCCAUCAUGCCUUGCGGCUUCAUCUUCCAGCUGCAGCUGCUGAGCACCUGGGGCGACCCUUACUACACGGGCCUGAACGGCCUGGAGUUCUACGACCAGAACCACCAGAAGAUCAGCCUCACUGACAACAACAUCGCUGCGUUCCCAGACAGCGUCAACGUGCUGCAGGGUGUGAGCGGAGACGUCAGGACCCCCGACAGACUGGUGGACGGAGACAACAGCAACCUGGACGGACACCACACCUGGCUCGCCCCCGUGCUGCCCGGCCUGGUGAACCGGGUGUACGUGAUCUUCGACCGCCCCGUCACCGUGUCCAUGAUCAAGCUGUGGAACUACUCCAAGACGCCGGCGCGAGGGGUCAAGGAGUUUGGGCUGCUGGUGGACGACCUGCUGGUCUACAACGGCGUCCUGCCCAGCGUGGGGCCCGUGUCCCGCGGCAUCCUGCCCACCUGCGACCCCGUGGUGCCCUACCACUCCAUCCUGUUCACCGACGACGCCGGCAUCACCCACCGCGAGAGGAACACCGUCAUCAGCCCCCGUGGCAGCAGGACCCCCCCUCAUAACUUCGUGGAGGACCAGGAUGUGAAGCUGACCAAUGAGAAUCAGAUUGUUUAUCACAACAAGAAGAAAGCGACUGCAGACCCGGCCCUGAGGCCGAAGACCUGCAUGACGGACGCAGGGGGGAAGAGGAGGUUCUGACAGCAGCCAAUCAGAGCCCUGGCCCCUCCCCCUCCCCUAAGAGGAGGUACUGACAGCAGCCAAUCAGAGCCCUGGCCCCUCCCCCUUUCCUAAGAGGAGGUACUGACCAGCAGCCAAUAAGAGCCCCUCCCCCUCUCCUAAGAGGAGGAACUGACCAGAAGCCAAUCGGACCCCUUGCCCCUCCCCUUUUCCUAAGAGGAGGUACUGACCAGCAGCCAAUCAGAGCCCAUGGCCCCUCCCCCUCUCCUAAGAGGAGGUACUGACCAGCAGCCAAUCAGAGCCCCUCCCCCUUUCCUAAGAGGAGGUACUGACCAGCAGCCAAUCAGAGCCCAUGGCCCCUCCCCCUCUCCUAAGAGGAGGUACUGACCAGCAGCCAAUCCGAGCCCCUGGCCCCUCCCCCUUUCCUAAGAGGAGGUACUGACCAGCAGCCAAUCAGGGGCCCCGCCCACGCCAGGGUAACCACUGGGGCAAAGUGGCCCUGCUCUACUUCCUGCUCAUCACCAGGUCAUGUGACUCAUGCUGUUGGCUGCACCCUCCCCACAUGAUUGGUUGGUGUUUAUACACACACACACACACACGCACAUGCACACACACACGUUCUCUUCACCAACGGUGCACCUGAAGUCCAUCACCAUGGCAACGAGCACACCCUCCUGCUGACUCCGCCCGUCGUAUUGCUAUGCAGCCGUCAGUCUGUCACCUCACAAGGGGAGCACAAUAGACUCACUAACCACCGUAUCAGUCUAUACCCUUAUUCUCUCAAAGUGACCUUUAUGGAUUCAUUGUUUUCCGUUAAAGAGAAAGAUUUUUGCAGAAUUAUAUGAUGUUGAAUGAAUAUAAAUUGCCAGUCAUGGUUUGGUCUAGCUGACGGAUACAUUUGAUAUUUUUAAUAUGCACUAUUAAGAUACCUCAAAGGGAAAAUAGAUUACAAAUGGGGAAAAAGUUCUACUUGUAGUUCCACUACUUGUAAUAGUUGUUUCUUUGUUUUCGUGUGGUACUGACUGAGGUAACUAAAACAUGUGAAACAUUUGACAGGAGGAAGUUCAUUCACACAUCAAUAAAAUGCAGUUUUAUGUAUUUCAUCUCAAUAUGUUAUCUUCUCUCUUCGUAGUUUUUUUUCGCGUCAACAUCUUAUUUUUUUAGCUUGUUCAUUCGUGUGUACAUUGGUUGUAGGAUUAUUUAAGUGUUAAUAAAAAAUGGGGAACAACGUU